UGGCUUCCCUGCUCCGGGAAUGCCCGUCUUGUCGCGCCGUGUCGGUGUCACUCACUGCCCCCCACUCUGCGAUUCCCUUUCCACUUCUCUGUUCAUCCCCACCGCCUCCUCCUCCUCCUCCUGUUUGCUGGUGGGGUUUAUUUUUCGCUGCUGGAAGGAGACGGCGCCCGUUUGCUCGUCAGUGCAACCGGAAGAGUGGGGUGGAGAGAGAGUCGACCAAGAGCUCGGUUCAGUUCCCCGCCCUCUCUCGUUGCUGUUGGUUUUCUUGUAGGUCUAUUCCUGGUGGACGAAGAGACUGGGAGAGCGCGCGCUGUGUCUGUAGGGACCUGGAUAUAGAAAGGGAGGAGGAUAACGUGGGGGGUUUUUUUUUGGGGUGGGAUCUGUUGUAAAAGUCAAAAGCUACAAAUAACGACCUGUUGAGAGAGGCUUUGGGAUGCAGCAGCUGCAAGGCCUGUCCCGUCAGCUUUUUUUUUUGUGUGCAGCUCUUUCGGAUAGUGCGAACAUUUUGGAUCGACUUAUUUCGUAGAAGUUUCAUUUAAAAUCCGCAAGUGUUUUGGACGGACACCAACAUUUUAAUAGUUAACAAUGUGGGAGGGCUUCGUGUACUUGAUAGGAGAGAUGGGAAUUGCAUGGGUUUGAGGAGAUAUGUUCCAGGAAUGGAUGGAACGUUACCAGACAACAACCUCACAAAUUCAUACUUCAGUAGCAGCUUUAUUGGGGUAAACGGCUUCGGAGGAGCACCAGUUGAGCCAAAGUACCCUCUGAUUCAGAGACAAGCUAACAGCAGCAGCUCACCCAGCCUGUUGAGUGAUUGUGCCAAAGCGUAUGCUUGUGCAGGGCAUGAUCCGGUUUCGUCACUAUUUAGUGAUUUUCCUGGACUCAGCUUAUCGCAAAGGAGAAAGAUGCCGAAUCCAGCUGCAAGUGAAUUCAUCCCUAAAGGAGGAUCAACCCCUAGACUAAGUGCUAUGUCCCAGUCCAACAUAUCUGCCUUUUCACCAGCCUUGUUCUCUCAUCCGUCCUUGAGUCAGACGGCAGCUGGGUUAGUGCCAGGAAUGUCCUUAUCAGCUGGAUCAUCUCCUCUGCACUCUCCAAAAAUUACUCCACACACAUCCCCUGCCCCUCGAAGGAGGAGCCAUACUCCAAAUCCAGCUAAUUUCAUGGUACCUUCCAGUGCCUCUACAUCUGUAUCUGAUGCAGUUUCGCAACCUCCAUCUUCUGGCCAAGUGAUACAGAAAGAAACUGUGGGAGGCACCACUUACUUCUACACUGACACAACGCCAGGACCACUUCCUGGAAUGGUAUUUCCAACUUACCAUAUUUAUCCUUCAGCUGCCCCCCAUGUUGCAUACAUGCAACCGAAAGCAAAUGCACCAUCCUUUUUUAUGUCCGAUGAACUCAGACAGGAGUUGAUCAACAAGCAUUUAAUAACUAUGGCACAGAUUGACCAAACUGAAAAUCCAGGAUUUCCCACGGAGGUGGAUAACUACCACAGUCUCUUUCCUCUGGAGCCUCCACCAGCUAAUCGGCUACAAAAAACAAGUAACUUUGGGUUCAUGACAUCAUGCUAUAAGGCAAUUAAUAACAAAGAUGAUCUCCCUUAUUGCCUUCGCAGGAUACAUGGCUUCCGUCUUGUAAAUACAAAGUGUAUGGUCUUAGUGGAUAUGUGGAAAAAGAUUCAGCAUUCUAACACAGUAACGCUUCGAGAAGUCUUCACAACCAAAGCAUUUGGAGAACACUCCCUUGUAUUUGCGUACGAUUUCCAUGCUGGAUCUGAGACGAUGAUGAGUCGGCACUUCAAUGAUCCCAGUGCUGAUGCCUAUUUCACAAAAAGGAAAUGGGGUCAACAUGAUGGACCUCUCCCUCGCCAACAUGCAGGGUUACUGCCAGAAUCGCUUAUCUGGGCUUAUAUUGUCCAGUUGAGUUCAGCACUGAGAACCAUUCAUACAGCAGGAUUGGCCUGUCGUGUCAUGGAUCCAACAAAGAUUCUUAUAACUGGAAAAACCAGGUUGCGUGUCAACUGCGUUGGAAUAUUUGAUGUCUUAACUUUUGACAACAGUCAAAAUAAUCCACUGUCGAUGAUGCCUCAGUAUCAGCAAGCAGAUCUGAUCUCUUUAGGAAAAGUUGUUUUGGCCUUGGCAUGCAAUUCUGUGGCAGGAAUACAGCGAGAAAAUUUACAGAAGGCUAUGGAGUUGGUGUCCCUAAACUAUUCCUCAGACUUAAAGAAUCUGAUUUUAUAUUUGCUCACUGACCAAAACCGGUUGCGCAGCGUUAAUGACAUCAUGCCGAUGAUAGGUGCACGUUUUUACACGCAAUUAGAUGCUGCACAGAUGAGAAAUGAUGUGAUAGAAGAUGAUCUAAUGAAGGAGGUGCAAAAUGGAAGGCUUUUUAGGCUGCUAGCAAAAUUGGGAACAAUCAAUGAGAGACCAGAGUUCCAGAAAGAUCCUACCUGGUCAGAGACUGGUGAUAGAUAUCUAUUAAAGCUGUUCAGAGAUCAUCUUUUCCACCAGUUGACAGAAGCAGGCACCCCCUGGAUUGACCUCAGUCACAUAGUUUCCUGUUUAAAUAAGUUGGAUGCCGGCGUACCAGAAAAAAUCAGUCUAGUUUCUAGAGACGAAAAGAGUGUUCUUGUGGUGACAUAUGGCGACCUUAAGCGUUGUUUUGAAACUGCCUUCUCAGAACUUCUAGCAGCUUCAAAUGGGCAGUUGUAGUAUUUGCUGUGCUCAGGCAAACCAUUGCCGAAGAACAAUACAAAGAGCUAAUUGCACUACAGCUGUCUUAAUGCCAUCUCAUUUCACAUUUGAAGGACAAAUGUAAAUGAGCAACGCUGCUUGCACUUCAGUCAGGUACACUGUUACUUGAAGGGAGAAUGUCCAUAUUACAGGAGCUAAAACUGCCAUUGGAAGCUGUGUCUGUGUCUGUGAAGAUUGUUUUUAAAUUGGAGAGCAACAUCAGAUGCAUGAUGAAUCCAGUUUUAUUUUUUCACACGUUUAUGCACUAAUUUUAAGUUCAAGACUUUCUUGUGAUCUUUAAGGAUUUGCCACAUGUAAUUUUGAUGUGAAGGGAAAAAAAUCGUUCUAUUUAGAAUUACUUUUCUGGGUAGCAGUACGUGCCCUUAAGGAAGAUGUUUAAGUGACUAUGCUGCACCCAAACCUACAAUAAGGACCAGGUGAAAAUGCCUUUGGAUACGCUCGCUAUUGGUGGACGUCAUUCCGAUGGAUUAUAAUUCUGGAGCAGUUGCACUGGACUUCAGACAUGACUGCCAUGUGCUAUCACUUAGGAAACCAAACUACAGAAAGCAUAUUUUUAUGGAAAUCAGGUGGAUUACAGUAUGGACGCUAUUCUUAUGGGAACUACACAACCCAGCGUGUCAGUGUUGAUGGCAUCUUUGUGAAUGGUCACAUCUAUACAUCUUUCAUAACAGUUUCAAAACAAACUUGUAGCUUUUUUUGCUUCAUACAGUUACCAGCGCCUUUUUAAAAUAAGAAAUUCAGUGUAAGUAAUUCAUACAAGUAAGAUGCCUCUACAUUUAUGCAAGCUUUUUUUAUAGGAGACUAAUUUUUAAAUUGAGUUCAAUGCCUGAAAUAUCAGGAGUGGAUUGAUUUUGUUAUGUAUCAUUUAAUUUUGUAUAAAGUUCUAUUGUUUGAACAGCAGCUUUAUUAGGGUACUUUACACUGGAUAUGAAAACACAAGAACUUUUGUUUUUACAAAAAAAACAGCAGUUGUCUAGUAGUAAAUUGUGCACUUCUACUACAAUGGGAAGGAUUGUGGACUGCUGUGCCUUUACAAUACUGCUUGCCCCAAAGUUGACUUCACAAUUAGUCAUGCCAUCUAAAUGAAAACUACCUAAGGUAUGAUGUGCAGUCUUCUGCUGUCUGAUAGUUUCUUGGGAGUUGUAAAUUGUAAAAUAAUUUGAUUUGCAGAAUCCAAUUUUAAAUAUGUGGUCAUGUAUUGAAUCCAAACCUUUUUGGUGAAUAGAUGGAAUAUGCAGAAAUACAAUGUAGACUUAAAUCAAUUGAGUUGUUUCAGGAUUGUCAAAUCUAUUAGAAUCAAAUUUGGAAAUGGACAUACAUUGAAUUCAGAGUACAAUGACUGGUUUUCCAUUGUCUUUCCAGCAUUUGAACAUUUGAUAAGCACUGGUUGCUUUGGAUAUGAUGUAGAAUACUGACUGAUGCUGAGGAAAAGGCAGCAGAGACUUGGCAUUUACAACUGAUAUACUGACUAAUUUUAAAUAUAUACCCGUGUGGUAUUUUAGGUGUAGAUUCGUACUCUCUUAUCCAGUUUUAUAAACUUAAAAACAUUCUGCCCAUUUAAUUUCUUUUGGUAAUGGCAACACUGUUCACUAUUUAAAGGUUUGGAAGAUAAUUAUGAUGAGCUUGUUUUGAGGUAGCAAUGAGGUCCACUUUUCUUGGUAGCAUCAGUUGUUAAGAUUAAGCAGGAAGAAUUACAGUUAUUUGUAUUAGUGGCACAUUUGUAUGCACCCUGUGAGAAUUGGCCUACAAGCAGGCUGUAUAAGCAAUCAAAAUGAUUCCCUCAUUUUAGAUGUAUAAGGAGCAAAGAAUUGAGGGCACUUUACAUGUUCUUUCAAGGAUAACGUCCGAAGUAAAGUCUUGUCAAUAGCUCAUCUGUUUGGCAGAGAAGCAGCUGUUUUGUAUGUUUUGGGGAAAAAAGCAUUUUAUAUAAAAUUAAAAAUUAAAAAAAAUGGU